AUGACACUUAUUCCUCUCACACCUCAGCAGGUGCAUGAAGACCAACUGCGUUUGCAACAGGAGCAUGAACGAGAGGUGGCUAAAAGGUCACCCAAUUCUCAGGCAAUCAUUAGCAAACAGGAGCAUGAACGAGAGGUGGCUAAAAGGUCACCCAAUUCUCAGGCAAUCAUUAGAGCACUGACCGAGAGGACAUCCAACCCUGGUACAUCUAGUCGAUUGGACAAACGCCCUAGCUUGCUUGCAAAGAACAGGGAAGUUCGUAAAUUAUUUUUGUUCAAGCAAGUUGUUUAUGUCUUAUAUUGCAAAGAGGUGAUUUUACUUUCUCAUGAAGCACUCAAUGACUUACCUCCUGAAAUCUCCUCUUUAUUACAUGAAUUUGAGGACGUUUUCCCAGAUGAGAUCCCCAGUGGUCUGCCACCACUUAGAGGGAUCGAGCACCAAAUCGAUUUCAUUCCUGAAGCAUCCUUGCCUAACAGACCGGCCUACAAGAUUGGCCCUGAGGAGACUAAGGAGAUCCAAUGA